GUGUUAGAUGAUGAUGCUUGAGAUAUUCCUCUCCUGACACAUGGAAAAUACAGUCGGUACAUAAGAAUUAGUUGUUAAUUCAGCAUAACUGUAUUUUCAAGUGCCUUUAAAGUGAAUUUUCUUGUUUUAUGCAGGUUUGGAUUGCAGAAUAUGGGGUUCAUUGGAAUCGACGAGCUCCGAGAAGAGCAUGGUCAUUCCCAUGAGAGUAGCGCUACUUAAGGGAGUCCUCUUUUUCGUGUAAUCAAGUAAGUCUGACUCUUGAACCUACUUAGAUUUCUUUGAGUGUAUCUAAUUUUAUGAGAUGAUAGGAAAUGAAUUUUCUAAAUAACUCGUUUCCAAAUAAAAGCCUUCCAAGUUCCAGUAUUAUGGUGCUUGUAUUAUUGGCCAAUUGCUCUCUAGGUUCUCGUACUUAUCAUUACUUUACAUUUAGUGGUUGAAGCUACACUUCUUGGUUUGUGUUGCAAGUUGUGACAAAGAAAUGCAUGGUUUUAUGCUGUUAUUAUAGUAGUCUAGAGUGUAUGACAUUUCAGAUUAUCAUGGAUGUGUGGUGGCUUGAAGUUGAGCGUCUAUUGCUCUGAGAUUCAAUGGCAAUUCAGUUUAGCAGUAUUCAGUGGCAAUUCAAUUAUAUAAUUGCUUUUAUCCUGCACUUUUAUUUGUAACCAAACAAAUUGAAUAAUGAAUAUUUAUGUCUCUUUGUAGCAUAUCCCAGUCCAAGGUGCCCGGAAGCUUCUCAGUUUCUGCAGAUAUCUUCACAGGCUAUAAUCCUUAUUUGUAGGUUCCUUAUCCUCUUUGAGGUUUCAUAGUUACAAAGUAAUCAGCCUUUCAGUUUUAUGUAUGAUCCUCUCUUUAUGACCAGAAUGUUGAGCUGGUUGUUGUUAGAAAAUAGGACCAUCAGUUAAUAUCAGAAUAUUUGAAUAGUGACCAGAAUAUCAUAUUUGUAACGAAAGUGUUAUUUCUAAUGAGGCACCUCUCUUUAGUGACGGUGCAUUUGUAAACAAUGAUGAUUUUACAAUCAUAUAAUGACCAGAAUUACAUCAUUUGUAACCAGAGUGUCGUUACUAAUGAAACACCUUUCUUAAGAAUAAAACUUUAGUGACGAUUUUGGAUGCGAAGCAAAACAUUCAUUGACCUUUAGUGACGAAUUAAGCAAGGGUUUUAACCCUUGCUACGAGCAAAUUUUCAUUUUAGCUACACUAUGUUUAGCGACUCACUUAUCAAGGGUUACAACCCCAUGCUAUGAAUAUUUUCUCGUUGUAUUUUACAUUGAAGUGUAGCAAGGGUUUAAACCCUUGCUACAACCCCUGCAUGGGACUUCCACCAAGGGUUACUCAAAACCCUUGCUACGUCUAGCAGGAGCAGCUUUGCCAAGGGUUGGUGCAAGGGUUGGGUAAACCCUUGCUACAACUUGUAGCAGGGGUUAAAACCCUUGGUAUAGGUUCAAAAAACCCUUGUCAUAGCCUCCUUUUUUUUGUAGUGGAAGGUGUGUAAAUUAAAAUUAAUGUAUUGCAUUGUAAUUAGAAAUUGAAAUAAAUAAUGUGUAUUUAAUAUUUAUACGUUUUUAUAGCUUUAUAAUAAAAAAAUUCUUCUAAGGUAUGUCAAUUACAAUUAUUAGAGUUGUGUUGGAGAUCUUGUAUUAAGUUUUUUUUUUUUACACUGAUAAAACAUGAGUUUCUUAAAAAAAAUUCUUGGUAAGAAGUUUGUCGCUUGACACACCUCUCUUGAAUUACUAUUUCAAAGACUAUAAUUUUUAUCAUAGCCUUAAUUUCGAAAUGUACGUGUAUUUGUGAAAAGUGAAGGUAAAGUUAUUCCCAAAACCUCGUAUAUCUAAAAAUAAUUCAUGUUUUGAAAAUUUUUUCCUAGUAAAAGUAGUAGUCCUUCAAAAUUUAUGCGAAAUCAAUAAAAAAUCACGACGUUUGGAGUGCGGAGCACAAAGUUAUACACGUCCAAAGUUUGGUGCAAUAAGAAAAAGCUUGUUCGGGGUAGCAAACGACUUUUUUUCGGGACGAAGGAGAGACCAAACCGCAUGCAGCAGUUUGCGGCUUGCAAGAUUUUGAAAAUUUAUGCGGGAUCAAAAUAAUUUCCCUACGAUCGGAUACCCAAAUACAAAAAUACGUCCGUUUAAAAUUUCGAAUUAGGUUAGAAUUGAUCGAAAAAAAUAAUACAAACCUCUAGGUGGGGUAGCGGUUUGCAUGUUUAUUGCCCCGAUCCCAUGCGGCCAACAAAACCGCUCCCGACCCGGUGCGGGUUUCAGUAAUAACCGGGCCCUCUCCCUGCACUUUGUGGGAAAGGUGGUAUUUUUGGAUUUUUUUCGAAAAUGGAUAGUAAUGUUGUAAUUUUAAUUUUUUUGGGUGGUAUUUCUGAAAAAAUUCCCAGAAUCUGGCAAUGCUAAAUAAAUUCCCUUAACCGGAGGUGAUUAUGAUCAAGUUGAUCACGUUGAACGAGCGGACACAGGGGCGGAGCCAGGGGGUAUUGGGGGUGUCCCGGGACACCCCUAAUUUUUGGGAUGACGAUUAUCCAAUUCCGGUAGUAGUUUUCGCGUGGAUAAAAAAUAUAAGUCGUAGACUAGGUGAUUUAAAUUAGGAUACUAAGAUUUAUGAGUAAACAUGUUUUUCAUUAGACCACAACUCAUUUGUUAUUGUAUUUCAAACACUAGUUUAAUAGUAAAAAUGAUAUUCCUUCUCCCAAUUAUUUUAAAAAUCUAACAAUUGAACCUGAUUACGGGUUAUCCUUAUUCCCUCCAUUCUAUCAUAUCGAUUGGUUUACUUGCUUCUCAAAGUAAUUGAUUUUACCGAUUGCAACUGCAGGUGUUGAAAUAACAUAUUUAGUUUUGGGAAACUUUAAGAACAAGUUUCGAAAUUGAUUAAAUGAUCAGUUUGUGAAUGUUUGUAUAGUAAGAUGGAGAUAUUUGUUGAGCCAUCCAGACACUGAGUAUGUUUUGUAACACGCCGUAGACUUUUGUUGUAACUUGUAUUAGUUAGAUAUUUUCUAAUUUAAAAUGAUUUAAUUAUUUAGUUAAUUUUUAAAGAGGACACCUCUAUAUAAAAUUUCCGGCUCCGCCACUGAGCGGACAUGUCCAUGACCAAAUUCAUCUUUCCUAUAAAUUACCUAUUCAGACUUCAAAGCUGCUUAAACAAAACAAAAAAAAAACAAAAAAAAAACGGUAAACAAUUAUGUGCAAAUCAAUAUAUGAAGAAAACCACCAACUUAUUAGAAACAAAAAUUAAGUACCGUAUAUAUUGUUUGCAAGUUUGUGAGAAUCUGACAUAUUUUUUCGGCAAAGAAAGUAUCAGUUAUUACUUAUUAUACUUAAUAUAAUUCUUACCAUUGGAAGACAUUUAAUCCCGAAUAAAGGUAAGAAGAAUAAGGGAAUGGGAACGCGAUUACACUAUGCAUUUAUAUAAUUACCAUAUUUUCAUUUCCAGUUGUCACGUAACUGCACUACCAUCUUUUCUUUCCGAUCACAACCAGCCAAUAGAUCUUCACAUCUCUCAAAAUAGUUAACUUAAUACGAUGAUUCGUUUUCUUGACAUCCUUAAUUCGUCUCUCCACCUACUACAAGGUUUUGUAUAUAUAUUAGCAAGUCCGUACGUACUAGAAUUACUUCGUAUAGAGAAAAUUAUAACCACAUUCUCGCUUUCGUUCUAAGGCGCUCUCUCGUCAGUAGAUAUGGCGCCAUGGACCGCUGUGAUAGUUCUGACGCUGAUGUGGUUUACUGCAUCGGACCACUAUGGAGUUUGGUGCCACAAGUUGUCAGCAACGGAGAAACUAAACUUGAGAAGGCAGAUGAAACGUUUGAGCAAACCCGCUGUUACUACGAUCCAGACAAAAUACGGUGACACAUAUGACUGUGUGGAUUUCUACGAACAACCAGCCUUCGAUCAUCCUUUAUUGAAGGACCGAAAGUAUGAGUUUCAGAUGAUGAGCCCUUCUCAGACUUCAACCCAAAAGGUUGAUACGGAUGCUUCUGGCAUCGACCCAUUUGAUAUAUGGGUAAAUGGUAAAGGAUGCCCAUCAAAUACCGUACCAAUAAGAAAAAUGGAACGAAAGGAGCUUAUUAGAACGAACUUGGCUGCUAAACUAGCUCACAAUAUUUCAACAGAUGCAAAUCAAGAUGGUCGUGAAUUUGCUAUCCUCCGGACACAAGAGUCAAAAAGAUAUUAUGGAGGUGGAAUGAUAACUAGUGUGUACCAUCCUCAAGUUGGAAAAACUCAAUACAGUGCCAGUCGUGUCAAAUUUCAAAACGGUCCUGACAGUAUUGCGGUAGGAUGGACGGUUAAUCCAAGCUUAUACCCGGAUGGUGAGACUCGACUCUUCAUAUACACAACUACCAAGAAUUCGCAAUGUUAUAACACCUACUGCCCCGGAUUUAUAAUCCUGAGGACAGAUAUACCUCUGGAUUUGCUUCUCAAACCAUACUCUACACCCGGGAAAACAACAUACGAAAAGAAGCUGUUCGUACGCAAGGAUCCCGCAAACGGAAAUUGGUUUCUACAAAUAGGAAUCAUCAAUGCAACCGUUGGAACCUGGCCUCAGAAGAUAUUCACGGGACUGUCGAGCUUUGCGAAUUACAUAGAUUGGGGAGGAGAAGUUUAUAGUCCAGCGGGAGUUGCUCCUCCGCAGAUGGGUGCUGGUUAUGUGCCUGUAUCUCAGAGGCUCGAUUAUGAUUGCUAUGGCAUCCAAGUUACCGUCAUAAACGACCAGGAGAGAGUUGAUUACGAUCCUCCAUCAUUGAAACGUUAUAUCAGUAGUCCGAAAAACUAUUCUUUGAUAGAUGAGGGAAAUCGUGGAGAUGUUCUCCAGCGGAUUAUUAUCUUCGGUGGCAAUAGUAGUCCUUCUAAUAAUGAAUAGAUUUUUGAAGCACUCAUAAUAAGUUGUCCAUCUGCUUAUUGUUCUCUUUGCUGAAAUAAUAAAAGACUCCACGGUUUUUGGCUUUUGACCUAUGUGUGCAUGUUCAAUUAGGAUUGAGAAACUUAAUUAUACUAUUGCACCUACACUACAAAAUGGUCUUCUUUUUUCUUCUCCUGGUCAGAGAUGUCUUUUUUUUUCUCCCCAUGAGGGAACAAGGACGGAUCUAUUUGUUUUAUGUUAUGGAAUAGAGGUAUUCGAAUGGU